UUACCCAUAAUGCAUUGUAGCACAGUACAGGCACACGUGAGUUUAGUUGUCAAAAGAGAAAUUUAAGAUGCAAAACGAUACCGUAAACACUGAGGAGGAUGAAGAGUAUCAGGUCUUCAUCAGUUUACACAGUCCUGCGUUAAAGGCAGCGAGAAUCCCGCCACUUUACUGGAAAAGUUUAUAUCUUAAACUCGCCAAUGAGGUAUUUGAUGCUGGUGAGGUGUUUGGGAUCAUGCAGGUUGAAGAAGAAGAAGAUGAGGAGGGUGAACAGAGAGCCAAUCCUGGAGAUGAGAUGUCUUAUAAAGUUAUUGUCACUCGAGAGAGUGGCCUGCAGGCUGCUGAUCCCACCAGUGUGUUUCUUGUGGAUCACGCCUGGACGUACAGAGUGGAAAGUGCCAGACAGCAACUGCUGGAAAUUCCCGGACUUCUUAUCCGCAUGGCCAGCCUGAUGGGUCUACCUUUCCACAGAGAAGCCCCUGACCCGGACAUCGUGGAGACGGUCCUGGACAACAUGUGGAAAUAUAAUCAAACCUAUCAGCUUUCCCAAGGGUCUGCAGAAGAGAAGGUCCCUGUGUGGUACAUUAUGGAUGAAUUUGGUUCUCGGCUUCAACACUCUUCCCGGCCAACUUGCUGUAUGGCUCCUCUGUUCUACGCUUCACAACAAAUCGCUUACUCUGUGCUGUGGCCACUGCAAGACCUGGAAAAUGGAGAUGAGGUGACACGAGAUUAUACGUAUGGUGAGACAGACUCUUUGGUGAGGAGUUGCAGACUGUUACCAUGGCGACCUGAUGAUCUUCAGGGCAUCAAUGAUGACGUCCAGGAGCCAUCUGACCUGUACUAUGAAACCAUCCUGCAGGAGAACAAGGAGAAGCUUCCCAUAAACAUUGAGCCUUAUUGUGUGCCAGACGGGAAAGUUUUAAAGGUCUACUCUGAGUUAAAGCAGGUUACAGACAAUCUCAAACAUCCACGUUUCCAGUUUACCGAAAACAAGGAGGAGGCCGAUAUUAUCUGGGCCUUUUCUCAUAUCCGAGAUUACAGGAAAAUGAGUGAGGAACGACCUCAUGUUCUGCUCAACCAGUUCCCCUGUGAGACCGUGCUCACCACUAAAGACUGCAUGGCGUCUGUAGCCCGGAGAGCGAGGGAAGGUCAGGGGCCGACGUGGCUCCCCAGGACUUUUAAUCUCCAGACAGAGCUGCCACAGUUCAUUAAACAUUACUUAAAGAGACAAGAGAGGGGUCUGGAUAACCACUGGAUCUGCAAACCGUGGAAUCUGGCUCGUGGUCUGGACACACACAUCACAAACAACCUUAACUACAUAAUCCGACAGAGGGAGAGCACGCCAAAGGUUGUAAGUAAAUAUUUGGAGGACCCAGUGUUGUUUCAUAGAGAAGAGGUGGGCAUGGUGAAGUUCGACAUCCGCUACAUGGUGCUACUGCGAUCCGCUGAACCUCUGCGCCUUUAUGCAUACAACGUGUUCUGGCUGCGGUUUGCAAACAAACCUUUCUCACUUGAUCAUCUGGAUGACUAUCAGAAGCAUUACACAGUGAUGAACUACGCUGAAAAUGUGCAGCUCAAACAGAUUCACUAUGACGAGUUCAUUCCCAUGUUCGAGAGCCAGUAUCCGCAGUAUCCAUGGAAACAAGUUGAGGUGGAUAUCUUUAAAGCAUUUUCCGAGCUCUUCCAGGCAGCCUCCUGUCGUCCGGCUCCAUACGGAAUCUGUCCCUAUCCGUCCUCAAGAGCUAUUUACGCCAUCGACCUCAUGUUAAAAUGGGACCAGACUGCAGAAGGAGAUCGUGUAAUGCAGCCCCAGAUACUGGAGGUCAACUUUAGCCCGGACUGUGAGAGGGCUUGUCGAUAUCACCCCAGUUUUUACGACCACAUGUUCCAAACACUGUUCCUGGAUCAGGCAGAACAAUGUCCUGUUACUCCAAUUUUAUAACCAAACUGUAUUCCAGCUCUAAAAUGUCUAAAUAAAAAUGAAUGGGCCUGCAA